UAUUAGUUUUAACGUCCAGUUAUCAAAAACAUAGCAUGUGAUUUUCAGCAUGGCGAACAGAUGACGUCAAAAUGAAAUUGUCUGAUUGGUCAAUUGUUGACAGUGUCAAUCACGAACCACGUGCUAAUGUCAUUUUCCCUAGUGCUGUGUGUUUUGAUCAAGCCGCCCGCCAUCUUCUCCAGGAGCUGUUGUUGGAGAUUAUUGGUCACAUGCUUUGAACACCAGCCGUACAUGUAUACUAGUACGUGAAUAAAAGCACAGAAUCGGACUUAGGGCAGUGAUGAGUCUUGAGACGUUGCUAGAAGCUGCUCAGUUCAUCGAGGAAACGAAGUGGCGUUCCCCACCCAAAACACGUGGCGACAACUCGUCUCGAGAUUUCCAUCGCUAUGCCAAGUCCGCCCCAGACGAUUACAACGGAGACUCAUCUUUGGACAGUCCAGAAAGAGAUGGUGACGACAGCAAAGAAAAAAGGCGAACAGGCGGGGCCGGGACACGCGAAGUUCACAACAAAUUGGAGAAAAACCGGAGAGCUCACUUGAAGGAAUGCUUUGAUAUUCUGAAGAAACAGAUACCAUUUAUGGAAGACAAGAAAACGUCAAACUUAAGCGUGCUCCGAGGAUCGCUCAAAUACAUUCAGAACCUGAAGAGGAAGGAGAAGGAGUAUGAACACGAGCUGCAGCACCUGGCCCAGGAGAAGAGUCGACUGCGCGACCGCAUCAAGCAGCUCAAGAUGGAGCUGGCCAAGAUGAAUCUCGACGUGGACAUCGGUCAGUGGAUGACCUCCCACAUCGAGGAGGAGCAGGAUGUCAAGUCCGACUCAACGUCCACUGCUUCAGAGUGUGGUAGUCAGGCUCUAAGUGACGACGAGCAGUUUACUGAUGAUGAGUUCAAUCCAUCUCCAAAAAAGAUGCAGUUGAAAGAUGCAAAUCAUCUCAAGACUCUGGCAUCGUCAACAUCUGGCCACCAGAUUGCCAUUCAACCCUCCGUGUUACAUCCAGUGCCGAUUCGUGGCCGGACGAGUAAUCCAGCGAUUGAGAACCAGCUGAAAUCGGGCACGCUCAGCUCAAUCUUAAACUCAAGGACGAUCUCAGGUCCAGUAUUUGCCUACACCACGAACCUGCCACCCAGUGGCCGUCCCGUCCAAGGCAUGCUGACCACCAGUGCGGCGGCAACCACAGUGCUUGGUGUUACGGGGAUUCCCACAACCAACAAGCCCAUCCUGAGUAACCUCGCCGUAAAUGCCCCAACCACCAGGACCCUGCUGGGUUCCAUUCCAGUCAAACUAACGAAGGUGAUGAAAGAUGAUUCAGUUCCGUCUGCUGCUCUGCAACAGGCAGCUAUGCCCCAGGCUGCUCUGAUUCGACCUCCGACGACCCGACCUCCCGUGACCCAGCUCCUGCAGCAGACGCUGAAAAAGCGCCAGAGUCUGCAGCAGCAACAGGCUCUCACACAAGUUGUUACGACCACCACACGAUCAGGAAGACCUCCCACUCAGUUAUCUGUAGGCAGCGUCCAACUUCAGGUCUCCAUGCCGGCCAAGCAGAUACACUCAGCCCAAGCGACAGUGAGCCUACCCGUGCCCAUACAGAUGUCGAGCACACAGCCACUCAAGUCCUUCCUGCCCGUUCGGACUCCCGUGCCACUGAUGCAUCUUGGGGCUGAAAUGGCUCUGGCUGGAUCGGGUCGCAUGGUCCACGGCUUGACGAACAAUAAACUUCCGGCCAACAUGGUGAACCAUGUGACUAGUGUGUCGCAGAGUUUGACGCAGACAACACUGACGCAACCCAUUUUCCUUACGGCAGGCAUCACCAAUCACGUGCUGUCCGUGUCGUUAGCGGCAACAAUUACAACCACGACUGCGGCAGUGACGACAUCAGCAUCGUCGUCUAGUUCCGCAGUGGGAAAUUUGACAGCUCUGAAAAAUUGUUUGAAUUCGCCGGUCGUUUCGGCCAUCGUGACUCCUGGCUCAUCGACCAUGCAAGGACUGCAGACGGUGAAGCCGCUAAUAGGCACGCCAGCUCUGCUGUCAGCCGGCCAGCUGACGUUAAAUCCGCUCAUGGCAGCUUCGUUGCCACGGACAACGGGUGUGGGACACAUACUGUCUACUCUGAACAGCAUGCCAAACGCGCCUCUAGUGAACACGACGAACAUCACUGUUCCAAACAGCAUGCCGCAGAUGAUGACGCUGGGCAACAUGGCGCCUCUGACGGUGAUGUCACCGGCGGUGCUGUCAGGACUGUCGCAGACGCAGAUAAACAACUUGUUCAGCUCACAGAUCAUCAAACAGCUGCCCCUGCUGCAGACUCAGCUGCUACAGCCAGGUCAGGUGCUCGGUUCGUCUGUUGUCAAGCCAAUGGUGGUCGUUACUCUUCCCAGCGUCAUCACAACAUCUGCUCCGCCGCCGGUUCAAGUCUCUGUAGCGCUGACCACUUCCUAGCACAUUUGUAGUCAGUUUACUUAUAUCGUUCUGUGAUCACUGGGGUUCACCCAACCUGUCAGUAACCUACUUAACUAAUGACCAUGGAUACAGAUCAGCCAAACACAGUAGUAUUUAUUUGGCUCAUAAAAACUUGCAGCAUAAAAUACUGAGCAAAUUUCUGAAAAGUGGUGUCACAUAAAUCAACCUACAUUGAGAGGUUGACACCUCUGACCCUCUCUCCAUAUGAGUGUCCAGCACUGGGCCAACUGAGCUAAUAGGAAAAUUCCCACUGGAUACUGCCAGUAGGAGCACUUUAUACCAACGCCAAGUCCGAAUACACCAAGCAUUUAUCUUUCAAUAAGAUUAUUAAGAAUAGCUAAUGGCUUUUAAUUAGUAUUUGAUUGGAUAACUUGCACGAAUAAGUCACUUCAUGGUAAUUUUCAUCAAACUUAUACGUUCUGAAAAGUGCUUAAAUUUUUUAAUAUUUAGUUAAUUAGCAGUGGCAUAUAUUAGUAAAUUUUGAUCGUUUUCAGAAUAAUUAUUGAAAAUAAAUAUUUUCCUAUGCGA